CGUGUGAGGACCUUCCAAAAGCGAUUAAGAGAAGAAAGAGACCCAUACAUAUUGCCAAAAUGAAUGAGAGACAGGCCCUCCACUCUAUAAUGAAAGAUCUGGUGGCCUUACAGAUGACCAGACGCCAGCCUGUGUCCCCUUAUGACACGGCAAAGCCUAAACCUGCCAGCACGGCCAACAGACAGGAAGAUGUCAGAAUAAAAUUUGAAUUCUGUGGAGAGAGGAGGAUUCUGAUGUUUGGAAGGCCUGUUCAGUUCGAUGAAGUCCAGCAGAAAGUUAAAAGUUUUUUUGGUCAACAGCUAGACUUACAUUAUAUGAAUAAUGAGUUAUCCAUACCUUUGCGCAGUCAGGAUGACUUGGAUAAGGCCAUCGAUCUGCUAGAUCGCAGCUGCAGCAUGAAGAGCAUCAAGAUUUUACUGCUGACACAAGAGCACAGUAAUGCUCCCUCUCCGUCUUACCACACAGUCUGUAAACAGGUUCGCAUUAAAGCCUCACAGUCCACAGGAGACGUCAGUACCGUUUACCAGUCCUCUGAACCUAGGGGGCGCCACCCCUCCACCAGUUCUCAGAACACUGGGCGCAGCUCCCCGCCCCCUGGAUACGUUCCAGAGCGACAGCAGCGAAUCGCACGGCAGGGAUCUUACACCAGCAUCAACAGUGAGGGGGAGUUUAUACCUGAGACCAGUGACCAGUGUGUGCUGGACCCCUGGAGUAGUGCAGAGAACUCAGUCUCUGGUAGCUGUCAGUCACUGGACAGCAGCUCUGAUAGCCCCUCCCUCAGGAAGUCCCGCAUGCACAGAGCCAAGAGUUACCCUGAUAACAGGCAAGACUGUGCAGACCGGGAGAACCAUGUGUAUGAUAAGAUCGUGGGGAAGGGAGGAACAUACCCACGGAGGUACCACGUCUCAUUACACCACAAAGAUCACAAUGAAGGACGCCGGACAUUUCCACGGAUACGGCGUCCCCAAGGUAACCUGUUUACGUUGGUGCCCUCCCGACGAUCUCUCAACGGCAGCGAGGAGAGUCUGGGAAGCUGGCAAUUGGUGGAUGCCCAGGGCAGGCUCCGCCCCCAGGACCGCCCAGUGCCACACAAAUCUCCCACAGCUCCAGUGACCUGGCGGAGAGGGAAGCUACUGGGCCAGGGUGCAUUUGGGAGAGUGUAUCUCUGUUACGAUGUGGACACGGGACGGGAACUGGCGGCUAAACAGGUCCAGUUUGACCCUGACAGCCCAGAGACCAGCAAGGAGGUGAGUGCCCUGGAGUGUGAAAUUCAGCUGCUGAAGAACCUCCACCAUGAGCGUAUUGUUCAGUACUAUGGUUGCCUUAGAGAUCACAAUGAGAAGACCCUGACUAUUUUCAUGGAGUACAUGCCAGGGGGGUCAGUCAAAGAUCAGCUGAAGGCUUAUGGUGCCCUGACAGAGAAUGUGACCCGGAAGUACACCCGACAGAUCCUAGAGGGCAUGUCAUAUCUACACAGCAAUAUGAUUGUCCACAGAGACAUUAAAGGCGCCAACAUCCUGCGGGAUUCGGCUGGGAACGUGAAGUUGGGAGAUUUCGGCGCCAGUAAACGACUCCAGACCAUCUGCAUGUCCAGUACCGGGAUCCGUUCCGUCACUGGAACACCUUACUGGAUGAGCCCAGAGGUCAUUAGCGGCGAAGGCUACGGACGCAAAGCUGACGUCUGGAGUCUGGGCUGUACCGUGGUGGAGAUGCUGACUGAAAAACCACCCUGGGCUGAAUAUGAGGCCAUGGCAGCCAUCUUUAAAAUCGCCACUCAGCCGACCAAUCCCCUCUCCCUCACACAUCUCGGAACACACACGUGACUUCCUCCGCCGUAUAUUCGUGGAGGCUAAGCAUCGGCCCAGCGCCGAGGAACUGCUGCGACACCCCUUCUCCC